AUGAUGGGAAUGCUGAGCGAAGCAGCACUGUGUGAAGGGCGGAGCACAGCAUUCAGAGGUGUUUGCUUUAGCAGUAACAAUUGUGGAACUGUUUGUGAGACUGAAGGUUUCGUUAGUGGACGUUGCAAAUUCUUUAAAUGCGUUUGCACCAAGGAUUGUAAUAGCGGAGGCGGAGGAGGAGGAGGCGGCAGUCCCGGUGGCAAUGGCCCUCCAAGUGGCGGACCUCCUGGUGGUGAUGAGAGACCACCAGAAGGACCUCCAGGUGGUGAUGAGGGACCACCAGAAGGUCCUUCAGGUGGCGGCGAGGGACCUCCAGGUGACGAUGAGGGACCACCAGAAGGUCCUUCAGGUGGUGGCGAGGGACCUCCAAGUGACGAUGAGGGACCACCAGAAGGUCCUCCUGAUGGCGCCGAGGGACCUUCUAGUGGUGAUGAGGGACCACCAGAAGAUUCCUCAGAUGGGGACGAGGGACCUCCCGGGGAAGGCCCGUCUCCGGCUGAAGGCUAA